AUGUGGAAUUUAAUAGUACUUCUAUCAGUUAUGUACAGCUGUUACGCACUUACGGAAGAAGAUGUAAAGACGGAAUUAACGAAAUUAGUGAUGAAGUGCAACAGCAAUUUAGAGGUGGAUAUGGCGGAGUUGAAGCAGCUACAAGAAUUCGUUGUUCCUACCAAGACUGCAACAAAAUGUCUAUUGGCAUGUGCUUACAAGGAGGCUCAGAUAAUGACAAAAGAUGGUUUGUACAAUCUUGAGCACGCGUACAAAGUAGCUGAAAAACUAAAGAAUGGAGACGAACAGCGACUGACUAAUGGAAAGAAAAUGGCUGAUAUCUGUGUCAAAGUAAAUGAUGAACAGGUGUCAGAUGGCGAAAAAGGUUGUGAUAGGGCCGCAUUAAUUUUCAAAUGCACCGUUGACAACGCUCGGAAGUUUGGAUUCAAGUUGUAA